CAUCAAUCAACUUUUUGCACUUGAGGUCAGCAACUCCAAAGACGGGACAUGAGCAUCCUGAUUGUUUUUUCCCUGCUUCUCGUCCACAUGGCCAAAAUCGUGAGCGCUGCGCCUCUCCCGGAGCUUUGCGCCGACAUGUGCGCACUUGUUGGAGGGGCACAAUUCCAAACCUUGGUGCGGAGGAGCCGCAGUUUAACUGAAAAGAUUCUAAUCGCGAUCCCCGACGCGCACAAGACGAGCGUCUACGCCGAGAUGCUGAAGCUGGAUUCUAGCGAAAACGCCCAACUUGGCACAAUGGCGUCCAUGAUAAACUUCCCUGCCGUUCCUGAGCUUAAUUGGGAAAGAGCUUCUUUGGAGAGCAGUCUGAUUCACACGUACGAGCGUCUUCAGCUGGACCAGGCCUUGCUGAACGCUGUCUUAACCCGGCUGGAAAACACUCAUGGAGUGGCUGACCUCACAAACAACGUGCGGGAUCUUUCCUUUCAAAUCAGCAAGAUGCUACGAGCGCUGCCGACAGAUUAUGUAGUCCAGAUGACCCCGAGCCCGGUCAAUUUACUCCUAAGCGGUGACUUUGAGGUCCAGGUGGCCACCCACCUGACACUGUUGCAACUCCGAUCACUUGGACAGGACAUCCGCCACUUCCUCCGGAAUCUGGACUCGGAACCGGAUAGCCAUUUGCUAGCGUAACUGAAAUAACACUAGCAUUGUUGUAUUUUUAUAUCCAGUAUACACACCAGAAGUAUUUAUUGAUUUACGGAUUUAUUUUUCUAUUUGCAUAUUUAUUUGAAGUAUUUAUUUAUAUUUGAUUAAAACGCUAAGAUGACUUGUGUCUAAUAACCGCCACCACUUGCCUGUUUAAUUAGCCCAUUAACGCCUGAAUUUCCAUUGAACUCUUUAUUGACGAUGAUAGACGUCCAAUCAUAUGGCUCUUAAAAAUUGGACUAAAACUACUUGAAUGAGUUUAUCACUUUGUUCACUGCCACUCUCCCACUUCAAACGGAUGGGAUGGAUGCAGUCAAUGGCAGUCAAAGAGUUAACAAAUAUGCAUAAAGCAUUGGAGGAAUACAUAAAAAAAAAGUAUUGAUAAAAAAAAUUUAAAAAAAACUAAAUAUACAGAAUUAAAAAUACAGCGAAAAUGAUACAAUCCGAAAUUAAAAAACAAAACAGGAAAUACAGAAAAUUAUUCAAAAUAUAUUGAAUGAAAAAUAAUAAAAAGAGGAACCAAAAGUUUUUAUUUUCCCUGAAAUUGUUUUAUUUAAAAAAAAAAAAAAAACUUUCUUACCCGUACUUUCUUCUACUCAUGAAUUAAAAAAAUAAAAUGUUUUGAAUUCUCUAUAUUUUUUGUAUUUAUUAUUUUUUUACAUUUUUAUUUAUAAUUUUCCAUAUUUCCUAGUUGUUGUUUCUUUUAAAAUCUUUUUGUAGUUUAUGAAAAAUAAAAAUGUAAAAGUAGUUUUUCCAAUUUUUCUGUUCCAUUUUUCCAACAGAAUUUAUUAUACUAAUUACAAUAUUAUUAUUUUCACGAACUUGUGUAUUCCUCAAUGCUUUUUUAUGUACAUUUGCUAAAUGUAAAUUCAGGCACCAAAGGGUUAACACUCAUAAUAUUGCACCAAAUACUAACCUCAUACAAAGCGAAUACUUACUCAAAGCUAUCAAUGGAUUCUUAUUAGACAUCACAAAAACUUGUCAAAUUGAGGAUGUUUAUUAUUUAUGGAAUAUUUUUGUAUGACUGUUAGUGCCAAUAGUAUUUAUGUGUCUUUCAAUAAAGACUUUUUCUUAAUUUCAGACUCACUUGACAUCAUUUUUAACUCAUUGACUGCCAUUGACAGCGAUAGACGUCCAAUCCAUUUGAAGUUUGGGGGGUUCAUUCACUGCCACCCUCCCAGUUCAAAUGGAUUGGAUGUCUACAAAUGAUAAAACACAUUUAAAUUAACAAGGAAGAAUGGAAAAUCAACAAAUUCCGGAAGACGCUUUAUGGAAAAAUUGACCUGAUGGAACUUUUGGUGCCGUCGAACUCUUACAGCUUUCCGAGAGGAAGUGUUGUAAGCACCCUGAUGACCGCGGGCGUCACUCGGGGUGAUGAAAAGGCUCCCUCAGUCAUGUGAUGACGUCUCUAAACAUGUGACCCUGCACCUGACUCGGAGAUGAUGUAAACGUUGAGUGAAGAACCGCAAAAGGAAACAGAAAAAAUCAGUUUUUUUUGUUUAGUUUUUAAUGUCUUGACAGGGUAUCAAAAAGUACCAUACAAACACAAAAACAUGGAUAUUUUGAAAGUGACAGAUAUUCUAUCACAGUCAAUGGCAAUAUACACUGAUCAUAAAAAUUCAGGAUGAAUUUAAAAAGGCAUUUAACCCCUUGAAGCCUGAAUUUACAUCGAACAAAUAUACAUCAAAAAGCAUUGAGGAAAUACAUUAAUUUAUUAUGUAUCGUAAAUAUUAUGCAUACAGAUAUAUAUCGAUUGUAUGUGUGUACGUGCUUAUAAAUACAUGAUUAUUAGUAAUCAAAUAUAUAUGAAAUUAACAUUUUGAAUACAACUACAAA